AUUGGCAAGGGUUUAGGGCGCAGCAGAGUCUGGUGUCUCUUGCUCCGACCCCGUUGGCGACUGAGACGCGAUCCCCUUCUCCUGCACUGCCGUCCUCCGUCGCUGCGAUGCCUCGGUAUUACUGUGACUACUGCGACACCUACCUGACCCAUGACUCGCCAUCUGUCCGGAAACAACAUAAUGCUGGAUACAAACACAAGGCGAAUGUUCGAACCUACUAUCAGCAAUUUGAGGAGCAGCAAACUCAAAGUUUAAUUGAUCAAAGAAUCAAGGAGCAUCUUGGACAAGCUGCAGCUUUCCAAGCAGGUGCCCCUUUCAACCAACAUCUGCUUGCAUUCCCAGGAGCUAUGGCCCGCCCUCGUCUUCCAAUUCUGCCAACCCCUGGCAUGCCUCAUGGGUUUCCUCAAGCACCUGGCGCACCAUUGAUGCCAGGAAUUAGGCCCCCGAUUUUACCAGCUCCAGGUUAUCCUGGUCCUCCACCAACCAUGCAGCAACCAGGCGCCCCACCUGGGUCCAUGCCACAACCGGGCGCUCCACCUGGUUCCAUGCCACAACCAGGCGCUCCACCUGGUUCCAUGCCAAUGCAGAUGGCCCCACUCCCAAGGCCUCCAACGCUACCGCCUCCAACAUCUGGAGUCCCAGGUGCUCCCAUUCCUAACAGUGGAGCACCUCCAGCCAUUUACCAAGCAAAUCCACAAGCAUCUGCAGGUCCAACUUCUGGUGCUCCUCCAGCUCCACCGACUGCUCCACAGCCUGCGUUCUCCUAUGCUCCCCCAUCAGAGGGGAACCACUGAUUCUGUUCCUUAGGCAUGACUUGGGAGGCCAUAUGAAGUAUGUGCAGAAAGGCUGUUCCUUUGGAGGUUGAUGUUGUCAUCUUUUAACUAAGGUCAUUUCUAUCAUCCUGAAUUCAAGAUAUUAUUGAGAAAAUCUUCCAAUUUGUGUGGCUGGGUCUCUGUUGUUCGAUGCAUGUUAACUAUGUUAGUUUUUAUAUAAAUUUCAAUAAAAAGGACGCUUGAAAAAUCAAAA